AUGAUGGGAUUUCAGCAACCUUCGAAAAUACAGGAAGCAGCUUUGCCUGUUCUUCUAAGCGAUCCUCCUCAAGAUAUUAUUGCCCAAUCUCAAAGCGGGACAGGCAAAACAGCCACAUUUCUUCUUGCAAUGCUACAAAGACUUAAUCCUUCCCAAAAAGAACCUCAAUGUAUUGUUGUUGCACCAACAUUUGAAUUAGCUCAACAAAUUGGAGAUGUAGCAAAACAGAUGGCUGCCUAUUUGCCUGAUGUGCAGAUACGUUUUGCUGUUAAGGGAGAAUCAGUUCAAAAUAAUGCUACUAAAUUCACCGAACAAUUAAUUAUUGGAACUCCGGGUAAAAUGCUUGACUGGAUAUUACGGAAUUACAUCGACACAUCUCGUAUUAUUGCCUUUGCUUUAGACGAGGCUGAUGUAAUGAUAAGUCAACAAGGAUAUCAAGAUAAAAGCAUACUUAUACACAAUAAUAUAAUAGCAGCCAACCCAAAUUGUCAAUGUAUGCUGUUUAGCGCUACUUUUUCUGACUCUGUUUUUCAAUUUGCUGGAAAAUUGAUUGCUGAUCCUAUUAUAAUUACGUGA